CGUUCAAACGACACCGCAUAACAAAUAGGAAGGGCGUCUUGUGCGUGUAUGGGAUUGGGAACGAUUCUGCCACAACACCCUCACCACCAACCCCAUCUUCGUCAAUUUUUACCUCGAUUGGCCGAUCAACCCCGAGGUAAGCCAAUCAAGAUCCAAACUUAUGCUGGCUUGUCCAUGAGAUUGGGGCUGCGAGGAGAUCUGACCUGGAAACAAGCCUCUGCAACUAAUUCAAUACUCAACGCCGGCAGCAGCAGAUUUCAAGACCCGCGAAGGCCUUUCUGCAUCAAUACCUCAAAAAUGGCGACGAAGAACGACGAAUCGAAGGAAUCGGUGGCAGCAACUGCGAAGAAGGAUGGAGGAGGAGGGAAAGGCGAGAGGAAACUUUCUCUAGCGCCGGUACCUCCUCCUCCGGAGAAGCCUGAACCUGGGGAUUGUUGCGGGAGCGGAUGUGUGCGAUGCGUGUGGGAUGUGUAUUACGAGGAGCUUGAGGCUUAUAACAAGCUUUACAAAUAUGAUUCAAACGACUCCAAAUCCAAACCUUCUUGAUUGAAGAUUUUUCUAUGAUUGUUUGUUGUGUCGAUCGUCUUCUUGCUCCAUUUCAUAAAUUCCUGUAUUUCGAAACGUUGCGUUUUUUGUUCUGUCAUUGAUUAACGAAAUGUCAAUCUACUAAAUUAAUUUUUA